AAUUGACAGAGUCGUUUUUUAUGUAGGUACCUACCUACUUUGGUAAUAAUUCUGGGUUGCGAAUUUGCAAAUAAAUAAAUUUAACCAAAACCUAAAUCAAUUGAAUUUACUCUAGUAUUUUCGAUCAUUACACUAACAAUAGUAAAUAUUUAAAAUGUCCUCAUACAAGCCUAUUGAUUCAAAAAGGGAAGAAUUUCGUCGAUAUUUAGAACGAGCUGGUGUUAUGGAUGCGUUGACCAAAGUUCUAGUUAGUCUCUACGAAGAACCUGAUAAACCAGAAGAUGCUUUAGAAUACGUACGUAAGCAUCUAGGUACAGAGGGAGGAGAUGACGAGUUAGAGGCUGCGCGAGCUAGAAUUGCAGAAUUAGAAGCCGAAAAUGCCUUGCUCAAAGGAGAAGCAGCUCCUACAGAAGGAUAGAAUAUUUAGAAAAUACUUAAGUUAAAAGAUGAUCUCAAUUCACUGAUCUCAAGUAAUUUGUUGAUCUUACAAAUUAUAAUAAGUUACUUAAUGUAAGAGUUAUAUUUCUGUUGUAUGUGCAGAAAGCACAAUUUUGUUUGUUUCAAAGCAUUUAUGUAUUAAUAUAAGUUCGAAAAAUUA